UGUGUGUCAUGAGUUAGUGUGCGUGUAUGUGUGCAUUACGAGAAAGGCCAGCGCAGAGCUUAGAGUGUAACGUGAAUAGAGCUCCAGUCCUCGCCACCGUCCCCAUCGCUUACGUUUCUUUAUAACCCAUUCUUCAAUCGAUUUUCUCUCUCUAACAUGCAAGUUCCUUCACCCUCCAACGUUAUGCUCGAUUCCUGUUCUUGAUUCCAUCGAUUUUUGUUUCUCUGAUUCUUUCCUCAUUUUGCCGUUUCUGACCUCUUUCCGCCUCUUUCAUUGGGGGAAGAUCGGCGUUAUGAAGAACGAGGAGCAGAUUCGGACUCUGUUUGGGAUUUCCCUCACGGAUAGGCCUAAAUGGCACCAGUUCCUCAUUUGCUCUUCUGGAUUUUUCUUCGGCUAUUUAGUUAACGGCAUCUGUGAGGAAUAUGUCUAUAACAAGCUGCAAUUCAGCUAUGGAUGGUACUUCACAUUUAUUCAAGGAUUUGUGUAUCUGUUUCUGAUAUACCUCCAAGGCUUCACUGCCAAGCAUAUGGUGAACCCUUGGAAGACUUAUGUCAAGCUUUCUGCUGUGUUGAUGGGUUCCCAUGGCCUCACCAAGGGGUCUUUGGCCUUUCUUAACUAUCCUGCUCAGCUCAUGUUCAAAUCUACAAAGGUUUUGCCAGUGAUGAUAAUGGGUGCCUUCAUACCCGGCCUCAGACGAAAAUAUCCCGCUCAUGAAUACGUUUCUGCUGUACUUUUGGUUGUGGGUUUGAUCAUCUUCACUUUAGCAGAUGCACAAACAUCUCCAAACUUCAGUAUUCUUGGCGUGGUCAUGAUAUCGGGUGCGCUAAUCAUGGACUCAUUUCUUGGAAAUCUGCAAGAAGCCAUCUUUACCAUGAAUCCUGAAACCACACAGAUGGAGAUGCUCUUUUGUUCUACUGUAGUUGGCUUGCCUUUCCUGAUCCCACCCAUGCUUCUCACUGGAGAAUUGUUUAAAGCAUGGACUUCAUGUUCUCAGCACAAAUACGUAUACGGUGUGUUAAUUUUUGAAGCCAUGGCAACCUACGUCGGCCAAGUCUCUGUUCUUUCACUCAUUGCCCUAUUUGGGGCAGCUACUACAGCCAUGAUAACAACUGCUAGAAAGGCAGUGACAUUAUUGCUAUCUUACUUGAUAUUCACAAAGCCAUUAAGCGAACAACAUGCGACUGGUCUGCUGCUCAUAGGCAUGGGGAUCUCGCUGAAGCUCUUACCUGAUUACAAGCCCAAAAACAGAGCCUCUUCAAAUGCCAGAACUUCCAGACCUGCUAACAAUGACAAUGAAAUGACUCCUCAAAUAGAAAGUGAAAAAGAUGAAGAAAGAAGGCCAUUGGUUUAA